AUGUCCAAAGGCAGGGUCCCCAUGGGCCACAGAAUGACCAGUUUGGCUUCCGACAAAGGUAACAGAACAAAAUACCGCUAUCUUGAGUUCAAGUACCUCUACUUCCAGAUCCAGAAGCUCAUCAAUAAGAAAGUGAUGCUCAGUUUGAAGUAUGAGCAAUUGAAAACGCCCGAGAUCAGAACGGCCCUUAUUAAGCCACUCGUUACCAAACUAGUGGACAUGAGCAGACUAUCCUCGUUGCACGCUGUGUUCAACUCACAGGUCUCCUCUGGCCAGUAUGAUAUGUACGACACCCCACACUUCACUGCCGUCAACUACGGUUCAGUGUUGCUAGACAAAGGAGCUCAACAGAGCGCUGACUCCUUAUCCACAAACCUCAUUUACGUGCUUUUGCUACUACGUUAUGAAUUUAUGAUACAGAUGGAGAGCAACUUCGUCAUGUACGAUUUGCUCGCCACCAAAGCCAACGUUUGCGAGUUGCUAGCUAUCAGAAUGCUUCGAGAGUACCGCUCUGCUAGCCGCAUCAAUAUGUUGUUUGUGGACCCCUUGAAGCUUCGACAUGGUCACGAGGAGAGCCGAAUUUUGAGAGACACCAAGCAUUUGGACAGCUUCAAUACAUUGGAGCUUUCCAUUCUCACCAAAGCAAAGAAAUUCUUGUCGCAGCCUGUCAUUGUGCAUAUUUUAGAGAAUAUCUAUAACGGUGAGGUUCUUGUUAUGGAUCAGGCUAGCGGCCACGAUGGCAAUUGGCUCGAUAUUUUGGGUGGAUCUAAUCCCAAGAGGAACAGGGAUUACGAGACUCUCUCAAACUCUGACCCCUCCGACACAGAAAAAAAUGUCGUGGACUACAAGUACAAUCAAGUGACUAUCAAGAAAGUGAUCUUUAGGUCGCAUGUCGUACCAAAGUACCAAUCCAUCGUCAUCAAUCUCAAGUAUGCAUUUCUCACGUUCCUAUUCUUUGUGCUUAUACUACGUCACAAACACAACUUGAAGGUGGACAUGGGCGAAUCCAUAUACAGCAAGGUCUUUUCUCUUGUGUUCUGGACGGUGGCCUUGAGUUUCAACUUCGAUAAUCUCCAGAAAUUUCUUCACAUCGAAUACAAAUUUCUCAAAAAGAUUAUUUGGACAUACUUCGAUCUUUUGGUAGUGGGACUUAUUGACGUCUCCUUCGUAUUGAGAGUGCUCCUUGGCCUGGGAAGGCUCAACCCUGUGGUAUAUUAUGACUUUUUCAGUUUGAUUCCUAUCCUUCUAUUUCCGAGGUUGCUUUCCGUUUUCAACAACUACGAGUUUUUCAACAUGAUGAUUUUGUCGUUUAAAAAGAUGUCGCUCUAUAUGAUAGCCAUGUUUUCCUUAUUUGUUUCUUUGAUCUUCGGGUUCUUCUUAUGUUUUAUCAGUCUCACAAUUGACUUGACAGUGUAUGAGGUUGCCUUCAGCAUGUUGAAAUUAUUUUUCGGCUUCACUCCAGCAGUAUGGGACAAUUGGAGUAGAUACAACAACUUGGGUCGAGUGGUACAACUUGCGUAUUUAUUCUUGGUGCAAUUUAUUGUCGCCACCAUUUUAGCCAUCGUCCUCAGUAACGUUUUCACCAAGGUGACUCUCACAAAUAAGGAAGAAUUCGAGUACAUGAAAACGACGAACCUUAUCAUCUAUCUAAAGUGGGGGAGACUCAAUUACUCAAAGCAUCACCAAAAGUCACCUAUGUUGAUGGCUUUCAACGGUGUCGUGAGUAUUUUCAAGCUACCUAUAAUUGCGACGAUAUAUUUAUACGAGAUACUUGUGAAGGACGAGAAGUCGUUUUUGCAGAAGCAGCAGCACGACUUGAAGUACUUCACCUUCUUGAGUAAGGAACACGAUUUCUACGAGGAUAACGAUAUGAUAUUGGCAGCGCAGGCGCAAGAUGAUGAUCUGGACGUCAGCACGCUCAUGAAUUCAAGAAGAGGGUCACAUUUUGCAAUGCCGUCCAACAACAACAUGGCUGGAAGGGCAAUCUCGCAUGCCUCCAACGCAGUUAUCUUCAGUGCCAACGACAAUGAUACUGCAAGAGAUGCGGCUCCUAGGUCAAUUCCCAAGCAUCUUAUUCCUAAACAGUCCAUCAAUACUCUCGGAGGUCUUCGAUACGCUUCUGAGGACCUGGUGUUCCUUGAAGAUUACUUGGGAAAGCGAUACGGUAAGUUUGGGAAAAAGAGCAUGAAGAUCAGAGAUCGGGAAGUCAGUGGAGAAAGCCUGGGUCAGAGGAAACUGCGUAAGCAUGAUUUGGCCGCCGUCAUGAAGAGACUUGACGAGCUCGAGGCGAUAAUACAAGAGAAAGGCGGCCCCGGGAGAAUCAUCAGCAACGAUUACAUGAGAAGCGCAGGCAAUGCCAUGUACGAUUUGACAGAGGCACUGGUGAACGAGAGACUGGACACGGAGGUGGAGAGCGACGAAGAUUCCGACUACUCAAAAGAGCUGUUUGGCACGGUCUGA